AUGUCGUCGAGCCAGGAGCCCGAAGCUCCCCCUGCGAGCGGGCAGACCAGCACCGCCGUCGAUCCUGCCACUGCCAACCCGGAGCUGGAUCUCCCCAAGCUUCAAACACUGCCCGCCGAGCAACAGGAUCUCUUCCUGCUCACCUUUGUCUCGGGCCUAAGGAAACAUGUGUUGGGCCUUUCGGCGGACGAUUGCACAGCCCAGCAGUUCUAUCUUAAGCGCGAGAUAUUCCAGAUCAUCAACCUCUCCGCCCCGCAGCCGUCCCGUGUCAUCAGAAACAACCUGGGAGCUUGCCUGGCGCACAUUUUCGGCAAGGGCGACAGGAAGCUGCUAUUCGAGACGAUAAACGACCUUAUUGCGAUAGCGGCCGGAGGAAAAUCAAAGUCGGAUGGCGAGACGCGCGCAAAGCAUGCGGCUGUUAGCUGCCUGGGCGAUGUGUUUGCCUCUGCUGGAGACAGCGCCAUUGGGUUGCAUCAGCUGGCAUGCACAACGCUGCUGAAGCUGCUGAAGUCGGCCUCGAGCAACGCAGGAAUAAGAGCGGCGGUGUUUACCGCCUUGGAGAAGAUUGUCAUCAUGGUCGAGGGGUCCAUGGAUGAAUACAUCUCGAGGGAUGUGUGGAAGCAGGCGAGAAGCCAUGCCGCUGGUGACAAGGGAACUCUCGUUGUUGCGUCUGCAUGCCGAUGCCUCAAAGCUCUGGUGAAACACACCACAUACUUCAAGAAUUCUACCGAUUUCGAUAAGCUGGAGACGGCAAUGUUCAAGGCCGCCGAUUCAUCAUCUGCAAAGGUUCGGACUGCGAUGGCCAGCUGCUUUGCUGAGGCUCUAGUACAAGGAUAUUCAGAGUCCAGCGCUGCAGAAGCCGCUGCGAAGAAUAAAAAGACCAAGACUAAACUGAAGCGAGCAUCCACGCACCCUAGCAUCGCAGGAGAUGACGACGAGAUCCCCUCCCGCUCGUCGAGCCCAGCUCCUGGCGCGAGGCGAAGCCAAGACCUUGCUCUAUCAUUCCAUGAUAUCUUGAAGAUCUUGGCCGGCCACUAUGUCAAGGCUGCGACGACGAACAAAACUCGUGCGGCAAUUGGAGUGUGCUACGGUAAACUAUUCCGACGGCUCGGCGAGAAGACGGUACAGACCAAUUAUCUGAGCAUAGUGGAGAGUCUCUCCGUUGAUGUUCUUGGCGCCACAACCAUCAACAACAACCGCUACCGCUUGUUGAUAUCCAGGAAGAUUGCGGAUGCAAUUAUUCAGGAUGUAAUUGGGCGCAAGAUUCUGGGUGAAUCUGGCCAGACAUCUGCGGCGGAGUCUUUGAUCAGCGGCGUACUGAAGAAUUACCCCCAGGCCUUGGCUGAAAGACCAGAGCCCCAAAAGCACACCCUUAUCGCUGCUCUAAACGCAGUCGCAUCGCUGAUCAAGUCUCUCGGUUCCGCCGCGAACAGUUUUGCAGAGUCUUGCCGAGACGGGCUUCUGCAAGUUCUCCAGCACCCGAGCUAUUCGGUGCAGGUGUUUGCGUCGCAUUGCAUGAAGACGUUUGUUCUUGCAUGCCCUCAACAGCUAUUGCCCUGUCUCUCAGUCUGCAUGAACAGCCUCAGCCGAGAGUUAACUCUGCUGGGAACGGGGCGCAACUCUCCCAGGCGAUGCAUUGGAUUCGCACAUGGACUGGCUGCCACUCUAAGCGCCAGCCCUUCUCGUCCGCUACACGGCUCUCUCGAUGUCAACAGCCGAGUCUUGACAAUGGCCACGAAUCUGCUUAAAUCUAGUAGCCAGUCAGAGCUUCGGGUUUCGAGCACACAAAUUCAAGUGGCUUGGAUUCUCAUUGGCGGUCUCAUGUCUUUGGGUCCAAACUUUGUCAAGAUUCAUCUAUCCCAGCUACUCUUGCUCUGGAAGAAUGCACUGCCAAAGCCCCUAGCCAAGGACAAUACUUCGGCCAGGAGUCUUCUUGAAGCGUCAUUCCUCACACAUGUGAGAGAAUGCGCUCUAGGCUCCAUUCUAUCUUUCCUCCAGUUCAACAAUCGGCUCCUCACAGUUGAUGUCUCCAAACGUAUUGCGGCCAUGCUCCAAAGCACAACAGCCUUCUUAAAGACACUGCCAUCGAAGAAGAUUACCGAGGACAUCUCGCAGAGACUGACUCCCGCUCUCCAGCUACAGGAUCUGGAUAGAAUGGUACAGCGCAGAGUUUUGCAGUGCUAUAUCAAACUGGUCAACCUGAGCCCAGCGGGAGGCAGCGAGGCCCUCCUGCAGUCGAAUUUGCUGACUCUUGCGAUAUCUCUCUUUGCGGAUCCCGACAACUACACGCCCAACUCACUGAGCGCGUCAAUAGCGAAUGCUGCCGGCACCUUUGAGUCUAUUUGGGACGUUGGUGAUAACACAGGCUUUGGCAUAACCGGUCUUGUGUCGGGGUUCAAUGUCAAGCCGCUACCUGGUCAAAAUGAGAAUGCCAUACAGGAGGAUAAGAUUCAAAAGAGUGAUUCAGAGGCUUUCAUUCAUAGCCUACUGCAAUCACCAGUCUGCGGCAGUCUAGAGCACGAUGCCUCUAUGCUGUACAUUGGCGGUAUCGAUGACGGCACGACAGAUCCUGAUCCUCCAGCUACCGAAGUCAUCAACAACGCCAUUCAGCUAUUUGCUUUUGCAUUUCCACUUACCCCAGCCAAGGUUCAGGAAAGUAUCCUCGAACAGAUAAGGACGUUUGCGUCUGCGGGCUCUCUCCAACGAGACCCGGGCCGCAAAGCAGCCAUCAACGCCAACCUUGCAACAGCAGUUCUCUGCACAAUGAGGGUUGCCGUAAAAGAAACUGGCUCCCCAUCCGGAGAUAUUGGCAACAUCGCAGUUGAACGACUAUUGCAAGAUAUCGUUAGAGAUUUCGUUCUCGACCCUGACCAAUAUGUCCGCAGCCUCGGCUACGCGGCCGUUGCGAGACUGUGCAAUGUGUAUGGUAAUGCAUUUACAAACCAGGAGAUCAAAUACCUUGUUGAUACCAUUGUUGGAAAUCGAGAGCCCAGCGCUAGAGCAGGCUGCGCAAUGGCUCUGGGUGCCAUCCAAACCAAGGUAGGCGGAAUGGCGGCUGGUUAUCACUUGAAGACAAUACUGGGUAUAUUGAUGUCACUCUGCAACGACCCUCAUCCUGUAGUUCAUUACUGGGCUCUUGAGGCAUUAUCUCUAGCCUCAGACGCUGCCGGGUUGAGCUUUGCCACCUAUGUGCCGAGCACCCUGGGAAUGCUCGCUCAGCUCUAUGUCUCCGAGACGCAUCAUGCCGAAAUAUCGUCGGCCAUUACGAUGAACUUUGAAAUGGAGCUCUCAACCACAGCCGCUAUUGCACGAUGUGUAGACUCGCUUAUCAACGUGCUCGGCCCUGAUCUUCAAGAUGCUAACAAAUCACGAGAGCUCAUCUUUACAUUGGUUGGGCAGUUCCAGGAAGAACAGGACAUCUUUGUUGAAAGGGCCGCGUUGGGCUGCUUGGAGCAUCUUUCCUUGUACGCCCCAGGACAGAUGCAUUUUGGGGACUACGUCAAAGUGCUGCAGAAGUAUCUCUCAUCCGAGCACGCAACCCUACGAGACAUAGCCGUGGAUGGAUUGUACAACAUCAUGAAACGAGACCCUCGAGACGUUCUACGAGAAGCAGAGAAAGGAUUCGAGGACCGACUAUGGCUGGUGCUGGAUGCUGACCCAUCUCAUGACGGUAUUCGAAACAUCAUUCGAAAUUGGCUACAUCAAACAGCUCUGAGCGAGACCUCUUCAUGGCUUCAACGUUUCCAGGCUGUUUUAAAAAUGACCAGAGCUAAGACAGAGGAAGAGAAGGAUGUGAACAAGUCUACGAGAGGCGGACUGCCUGACUUACGAGAUGAAGAAGCCGCAGGGUUUGCCGCCGCUUCGACAGAUGCAAAGGAAGACAAGGCCGAGACAGCAGCAGAAGCAGAGCCUCUGCGCUGGCAAGUAACGACGUUUGCCAUGAGCUGUAUCCACGACGUAUUUGCCAUUAUCGCCAAGGAUGUGGCAGCAAAUGGCGAGUCCAAGGCUCAGCUUGCACUGCAAAACAAGAUUGCGGAUGUCGUUCGCAUGGCUUUUUCUGCGUCAACAUCGGGCGUCUUGGAGUUGCGCAUCUGGGGUCUCAAGAUUAUCGGCACAGUCCUCAAGAUGUUUGGCAAGACACCAGACCCAGACUUUGAAGAAGCGAUGCUGCUAGAGCAGUACCAGGCCCAAAUCAGCUCUGCCCUGACGCCGGCAUUUGCGGCGGAUUCAUCUCCUGAAUUGGCCUCGGAGGCUGUCAACGUCUGCGCAAGCUUCAUUUCCAUAGGCAUCGUCACCGACGUCGACCGAAUGGGCCGUAUCCUAAAGACACUUGUGAAUGCUCUGGAGAACUUCUCAAGUGACAACGAAAAUGCGGGUAUUGGUGACUUGAAGGGUCUCAGUUCUAAUGCCCAGGUCAUGGUCAAAAUCUCCGUAUUCUCGGCUUGGGCAGAGCUCCAAGUGGCCAGCACCGAACAGAGAUAUCUACUGGACGUUCUCAAGCCGCACAUUGGCAAGCUGACGCCCCUCUGGCUGGAGGCGCUCCGAGAAUUUGCGCGUCUUCGGUUUGAGCCGGAUAUUUCAAUGACACUGGGACCACCGUCUCUGUCGGGCAGUCUAGACACGAUCUACGCAGCAUUGAAUCGCGAGACGCUGCUUCGCUUCUACCAAGACGCAUGGCUCAAGCUAGUCGAUGCAAUUGCAAGUCUGAUUGAGCAAGACAGCGCAUUUGUCUUUGACGCCCUGGACGGCAAAGAGUUAAGCGAGACAUCCACCAACGGACAGACAAAAGUACCGGGCAUCAACUACCGAGACGAGCCGGUGGCCUUCUUCUUUGUGCUCUUCGGUCUCGCGUUCGAGGCCUUGGCUACCCGGCCCGGGCAAGACAACUCGCUGGCUACACAGGAGCAAAUGCUAGCCAUCCUCCAGGCCCUCAAGAAGAUACUACACCCUAGCGUCACUGGCCACGCAAUCUACCGGCCUGACGUAUUCUCCGAGACAAUGGAUCUUCUUGACCGUCUUGUUCUGACGGAAGGCCUGGAUGUCCAGAGCGUUAUUGUCGAGGUUGCCAGAGACUUGUGUGUCACUCACCCUUCUGCUCGAAGACAGUCGGAUGACGACGGCGAUCUCUCCGAGGACAUUGACCAAUUAUUCGAACUGACGAGGAUCAUCGUCCUCGUCUUGUCUGGCAUCUUACCGGGCCUGUCUGAGGGCAAUGCGCCGGCACGACACCAGAUGAACGGGGAGGCCAUUAUGCUGAUUAGCACCGCGCUCAACGCCAUCGUAGAUGCCGCUGAGGUGUUCCCAUCAAUCAUCAAAACGGACCUACACGCGUGCAUAAUUCACAUUUUCGCUACGAUCCUCGCUACGCCCGGCUGCCAGGAACUCAUUGUGCCACAAUCGCUUGCCAUACUGAAGCGAUUCGUCGCCAGCAUGUCCAGGUCGAGGAGAGAUUCGGCCGAAGGGCCUUCGGCCACCGACAUCCAGCUGCAAGGUUGUCUUCGGCGCUUCCUGUCCAUCUACCUCAACGCGCAAAAGCGGGAGGCGCCGACUUCCCUAACGUCUGUCAAGAACAGCCUGCUAGCCACCACAAUUCUUCUUACAAGUGGCACGAAUCAACUGCCUGCCACUGAACCCCUUGUCGCACGCUAUCUAGAUGAGGUCGUAGACUGCCUCACAGAUCGAAUGACGGCCAAAAUAGCAGCCAAUUGCAUACGAUCACUACUGCUGCAAGGGGCGCCUUCUGCAGCAGAUGUCAGCAUCGCCCGCUAUCUCUUCCCACGACUUUUGGCCUUUGUGACGAAUGUGGAGCCUGAGGAUCCUGAGCGAACUCGAUCACUCGUCAGUCACACUCUGUGCUUGUAUGUAAGGUCGGUAAAGCCUGAUCGUGUCACUGCCGCCAUGUCAUUGAUCAUUCCGGCUCUCAUGGCCAGAGCUACGGGAGAGGGCGAGGAAGUUUAUGCAGAGACAAGCACACGCCUCCUGGAGCUGGCAGCUGUGGACCAAGGGGCGUUUAGAGCCAUUGUCGGCGGCCUGAGCAGUGGUCAGCGGGCAUUCCUCGAGGAAGUGAUCCGAUCGGGUCGGCCGGCGGCCGGAGCUGCAGACAAGUCACUUUCAAGUGAAGCUUCACAGCCAACCAUUACAUUGAAGAUGAAUUUUGGCGGCUAG